AUGAAUGAAAUUACAUUUAUAAAAUUAUCAAUAAAAAUUAUUUUUUCAAUUUUAUUUUUAUCAUUCACAGUAUUUUCAUUAAAUAUAAAAAACACAAUAAAUUUGGGAAUAAUUACCAAAGAAUUUUCUGAUAAUGACGUAGCAUUACUUUAUCAAUUAAAAUGUCAAAACCAAAUUGCUCCAUUUAACAAUUCUAUUGUUUGGAUGUAUAAUAAUAGUGAAAUACUACCUCAAAACAUUAAGGAUAAUACAAAAACAACAAUAUUAAUAUCAAAUAUAACAGAAAAAGAUACAGGAUUAUAUGAUUGUUGUGUUCUAGAUACAGAUAAUCGUUAUAUAUGUUAUCGUCAAACUCUUCGUGUUCUUCGUAAACUACCAACGUUAGCCAUUGAUAUGAGAAUAAAUAAUAAUAUGGUAAUUUUAAAAAAUUCAAAUGUAUAUUUAUGGCUUUUUAAUGAUACAUAUUCGAAUAUAAACUGUACCUUGAAUAAUCAAAUACUUCCUUCAAAUAUCAAUUUAUCAAUUACUUCUGUACCACAAGAUAUAUCAAUUGAAUAUAGAGAUAUGUUUAUAAAUAAAACAAGAGAGGAAAAUACUGGUAAUUAUAGUUGUCUUGGUAUUGGAAAUAAUAAAAGAGUUAAUAUUUCUUUUUAUCUUAAAAUUAAUUCAGUAUCUUUAAAAGCAAAAAAUCCAUUUAUUAUAGUCGUAAUAUUUUUUUUCAUCUCAUUUUUUAUUUUUAAUUUCAACAACAUUUAA